AUGGAGCGUUCGCAGGCCAUAUACAAGCUUGCCUUGGACGUGCUGCCCAAAGGUGCUAGCGAUGACCUUUACCGCGCCUACGUCUCCUUCGAGAAGCAGCAUGGCGACAGGGAUGCCAUCGAAGAGGUUGUCAUCAACAAGCGGAGGUUCAUCUACGAGGAGUCUAUCGAGAAGAACCCGCGGAACUACGAUGUGUGGUCCGGUGCUGAGUCUUUCUUGCCAGUAUCCCCGAAAGGCAAAGCGGCAGAUCGCCUGAAAACGCGUCAAUGGCCCCAGUACGCCUACACCCCCGGCAGACACUUGCCUCGCACCGUCUCACUCUUCGUGAAAGACGAGAAACUGGCCGCCGCCCCACUGCCUGCUGCGGAGGGAUGA